AUGUGUCCACGUAGCUAAUACGCCUGCGCAAUAGUUUACUGGCUACUCUUAGCAGUUUAGCUGUCGUAAUCAACAUCAAAAACUAAUUGUAUCACUAAAGGCAAAUUAAUUUAGAAAAAAAUGGAUCAGAUAAAAAAAUUUAUUGAGCCUGGGAAGCAAUUCACUAAAGAUAGUAUUCGCCUUGUUAAAAGAUGUACUAAGCCAGAUCGUAAAGAAUUUCAAAAAAUUGCUGUUGCUACUGCCAUUGGCUUUUGUAUAAUGGGCUUCAUAGGAUUUUUUGUUAAAUUAAUUCAUAUUCCUAUCAAUAAUAUUAUUGUAGGUUCAUAAACAAGUUAUUAUUGUA